AUGAAGGAGAGCAUCGCAUCCUGCACAAGGCACAACCACAGCUUACCAUCGGCCGACUUCACGCCUGAGCGUCUGGUUGACGUUCGGGGAGACACGCCGAAGCUUGUCGAACGGAACAAUGUGAUUGCCUCUUGUUCAAGCGAUCCACAAUCUCAACUUCAAACUCCACGAUUUACCGCUCUGAGUUACUGUUGGGGUACACCGGACGAGGCCAAAGGCCAAUUGACGACAACAGCCAGCUCCCUCACGCAAAGGCUAACGGGAAUUGAGGACCACGAGAUAACCCCUGUUUUACGAGAUGCGAUACACAUCACAAAAUUGUUGUCAAUACCAUAUCUCUGGAUCGAUUCGCUGUGCAUCCGACAAGAUGAUACCACCGACUGGGAACGGCAAUGUGUCGACAUGGACAAGAUUUACGGCCAUGCCGAGGUCACAAUUGUUGCGGCAUCUUCAGGAUCUUGUCACGAAGGAUUCCUGCGGCGGAUUGAAGGGCACCAGAUUCGGGUUCCAUUCCAUUCCACUCGUGAUCCAAGCCUUAGUGGUUCGGUCUUGAUACACCUCAAAGGCGUAGAGCGGGGGGACAUAUGGCCACCGCCUGACAUCUUCCGUUCAGACGCCCUAAAGUGUCGCCUGGCGAAGAGGGGAUGGGCAAUCCAAGAACAAAUAUUGUCGACGCGCCGCAUCAUAUUUGGCGUGAACAAUGUGCACUUUAUCUGCCCCGAGUUGUGCCACUCUCGGGGCAAACCCCCCAGCCAGCGAAAAUAUGAUACUACGAUCCACGAGGUUAAGGCGGUGCGCAACAAUCAAGAAUUGUACGAUAAGUGGGGUGACAUCCUAAAAUCGUUCAGCCAGAUAGAUGAGGAGUCAUUCACUCAUGCAACAGACCUUCUGCCAUCUCUAUCUGGUUUGGCGAGUUUAUUUGCCGGACUCUUACAGGAUGAGUACUAUGCCGGCCAUUGGGGAAAGGAUCUUGCCACAAGUCUGGCGUGGAAGAUAGGUUUGAUACCCAGAGACGCAAAAUCCGUACACCUAGACCGCAUCUCCUCGCCAGAUCCCUUUCUCGUGCCGUCGUGGAGUCAGCUGUGCAAGCCGUACCCCGUCAACCUCGUGGAUUAUUAUCCCGCAAGCUGGCCUCCUGUCUCAGAGUUCGAACAUAUCGAUGCAAAAGUAUCGCUCUGCGGGAGCAACCCGUUUGGCGCAAUCAAGCGUGCUUGGCUCCAGGUGCGAAGCCACACCAUGACCCUUAAGUCGGCGACUGGGAUCGAGCUAGUCGAGACUCCUCUUUUAUAUCAUAGACUGACACCACUAGCGAGCUGCCGGCUAUCCAUCAAAGGUACUGAUGGCGGGAUAUCAUACUGCCACGUCUGGCCAGACUAUGACAUGUCAGAGAAGGAAGCUCAUGAAGAGGCGCUGGCAUGGAAGUGGAUAUUGCUAGGGAGCUGUUCGAUGACAACGCGGAAGACAUCUAUUGCCACGGAGGGAAGAGAAGACAGACAGCCCUAUGGUCUUCUUCUCCAUCGGGUGAAUAUAUCAGAGUGGUGCCGAGUCGGUAUGUUUUUUGCCAUGCCAUAUGGUUGCAGCCACGCAAUGUUCUCGCUGCAGGCAUUCAAGAACGCAAGCGAGAUCGAGACCGUCACCAUCAUUUGA